AAAGCAGCUGUACUCACGUAUUUUGUCUAUGAUAACUGCUAAUAUCUGAAGGAGCUGAACAACAAAAACAGUUCCAAAAGAACUAGUUCUGUUCAAAUCUUCCAUAUUGUAAUAAAUUAUUCUUAUCAAGUCAUUACCAACCGUAGCCGAAAACAACCAAUACUAACAGGGGAUACAUUUUCAGCCAAUCGCUGAGUUGUGGGUGGCACAGACAACGGACACGAUGUGAGUGUUAUUUCCCUUUGCUGUACGAUGAGAAACAGCAAUAGUGUUCUCUUAACAUGUGCGGAAAGUAUAGUUACACAACUACUGUACGGACAGAAGUCCGGUAAACAGACGGGAAUACUAUACUAGCUAGCAAGCGCACUGGUCCUGAGAAAGUCUGCGCCUGGGCACAAUGGAGCCCCUUCGGAAAAAUGCGAAGGUCAAUCCGGCUGCCACAGCUAAUCUUCUUUCUAAAGUGUUCUUCUGCUGGCUGAACCCGCUCUUUAGCGUUGGCUACAAGCGGAAACUGGCGGAGGAUGACAUGUACCAAGUGCUGCCAGAGGAUGGGUCUGAGAGGCUGGGGGAGGACCUGCAACGCCACUGGGACCAAGAAGUGCUGGAGGCAGCCAAGGACCUCCGUACACCCAAACUCACCAAAGUUCUCAUAAAGUGCUACUGGAGGCCUUAUGCUGUUAUAGGAAUCUUUACUCUAUUAGAGGAGGUAAUCAAGGUGAUUCAGCCGGUGUUUUUGGGGAAGUUGAUCCUGUACUUCGAGAAGUACGGCCUGGACGACAAGGCCGCCCUCCAUGAGGCCUACGGCUAUGCCGCAGGCAUCUCGCUGUCCAGCAUCGGGCUGGCCAUCAUUCACCACCUCUACUUCUACCACGUCCAGCGAGCUGGCAUGAAGAUCCGGGUGGCCAUGUGUCACAUGAUCUACAAGAAGGCCCUUUGCCUCAGCAGUACAGCUAUGGGAAAGACAACCACUGGGCAGAUUGUGAACCUCUUAUCCAAUGAUGUCAACAAGUUUGAUGAGGUCACCAUAUUUUUGCACUUCCUGUGGGCGGGGCCUCUGCAGGCGGCCGCUGUGAUUGGGCUGCUGUGGAACGAGAUCGGCCCGUCGUGCCUUGCUGGGAUGGCUGUGCUGGUCUUCCUGAUGCCUUUGCAAACCCUGUUUGGCCGCCUGUUCUCUUCCUUCAGGAGCAAAACGGCCGCAUUGACCGACAACAGAAUCCGCACCAUGAAUGAAGUAGUGUCCGGGAUGCGCAUCAUAAAGAUGUACGCGUGGGAGAAGCCCUUCUCCGCCCUGGUGAAUGAAGUCAGGAGGAAGGAGAUCUCGAAGGUCCUGAAGAGCUCGUACCUGCGGGGACUGAACAUGGCUUCGUUCUUCGUGGCGGGGAAGGUGAUCGUGUUCGUCACCUUCGCGGUGUACGUGCUGGUGGGGAACACCAUCUCGGCCAGCCGCGUCUUUGUGACCGUGUCCCUGUACAGCGCCGUCCGGCUCACCGUCACCCUCUUCUUCCCCUCCGCCGUCGAGAAGGUGUCCGAGACGCUCAUCAGUGUGCGCAGGAUCAAGAAUUUCCUCCUGCUGGAUGAGACUGUGAAGCAGGUAGCUGAGCUGCCCCAGGAGGAGAAGAAGGAGCCCACAGUGGAGAUACAGGAUCUGAUUUGCUACUGGGACGAGACCCUGGAUGCUCCGACCCUGCAGAACGUGUCGUUCACACUGAAGCCAGAGCAGCUGCUGGUGGUCAUCGGACCCGUGGGCGCAGGAAAGUCCUCUUUGCUGAGUACGGUUCUGGGAGAGCUGCCUCCAGAGAAGGGCGUGGUCAAGGUGAGAGGGGCCCUGACCUACGCCUCCCAGCAGCCCUGCGUUUUCCCCGGAACCAUCCGCAGCAACAUCCUGUUUGGCAAGGAGCUCCACCCCCAGAAGUACGAGAAGGUGCUGAGAGCGUGCGCGCUCACCAGGGACAUGGAGCUGCUGCCGGACGGAGACCUGACGGUGAUUGGGGACCGAGGAGCCACCCUCAGCGGGGGGCAGAAGGCCCGCGUUAACCUGGCCAGAGCGGUCUAUCAGGAUGCUGAUAUCUACCUGCUGGAUGAUCCCCUCAGCGCUGUGGACGCUGAGGUGGGGAAACACCUGUUUGAGCAGUGCAUCUGCGGGCUCCUGAGGAAGAAGCCGCGUAUCCUGGUGACCCACCAGCUGCAGUACCUGAAGGCUGCCGACCAGAUCCUGGUCCUGAAGGAGGGUCACAUGGUGGCGAGGGGCACGUACUCAGAACUGCAGCGCUCUGGGCUGGACUUCACCUCCCUGCUGAAGCACGAGGAGGAGGAGGAGCAGCAGGGGGUGGAGCUGCGCAGCCGCACCCUCUCCCAGACCUCCAUGCGCUCCCAGUCCUCCUCCCUGCUGUCCGUCAAAGACGGGGCCGACCAACUGCCGGCGGAGCAGGUCCAGUCCAUCGCCGAGGAAACGCGCUCCGAGGGGAAGAUCAGACUCAGCCUGUAUCUGAAGUUUUUGAGAGCCGGGGCCAACACCCUGUUCCUGCUCCUGCUCGUCGUCCUCAACCUGUUUGCUCAAGUGUCAUACAUCCUGCAGGACUGGUGGCUGGCUUACUGGUCAUCAAUGCAGGAGAAGCUCAAUGUCACGGCAACCACUGCCCAGUCCAACGGACUCAAUCAGACCCAACAGCUGGACCUCAGCCUCUACCUGGGGGUCUACGGAGGGCUGACGGUGGCCACCAUCAUCUUCGGCUUCCUGCGCAGCCUGCUGUUCUUCAACGUGCUGGUGAGGUCUGCGCAGUCGCUGCACAACCGCAUGUUCCAGUCCAUCCUGCGCACGCCCAUCCGCUUCUUCGACGUCAACCCCAUCGGGAGAAUCCUCAACAGGUUCACCAAGGACAUCGGCCACCUGGACUCCCAGCUGCCCUGGACGUUCGUGGACUUUAUCCAGGUGUUCCUGCAGAUCUUGGGUGUGAUCGCCGUGGCGACCGCAGUCAUCCCUUGGAUCCUGAUCCCUGUCCUUCCCCUGCUCAUCGCCUUCCUCUUCCUGCGGCGCUACUUCCUGCAGACCUCCCGAGACAUCAAGCGCUUAGAGGCCACCACUCGAAGUCCCGUCUUCUCCCACCUGUCCUCGUCUCUCCAGGGACUCUGGACGAUCCGAGCCUUCAGAGCAGAGCAGAGGUUUCAGGAAUCGUUCGACGCACACCAAGAUUUGCAUUCGGAGGCCUGGUUUUUGUUCCUCACCUCGUCCCGCUGGCUGGCGGUUCGUCUGGACGCUAUCUGCGCCGUCUUCGUCACCAUCACCUCCUUCGGCUGUCUGCUGCUGCGAAACGAUUUGGAGGCGGGCUCAGUGGGUCUGGCGCUGUCCUAUGCUGUCACUCUCAUGGGGAUGUUUCAGUGGGGGGUCCGACAGAGCACCGAGGUGGAGAACAUGAUGACGUCAGUGGAGAGGGUGGUGGAGUACACAGAGCUGGAGAACGAGGCCCCCUGGGAGACUGAGAAGCGGCCCCCUCCGGAGUGGCCCAGCCAGGGCUGCGUCACCUUCGAUCGGGUCAGCUUCGCCUACAGCGCCGACGGGCCCGUGGUCCUCAAGAACAUGAAGGCUGUGUUCCGACCCAAAGAGAAGGUGGGCAUUGUGGGAAGGACUGGCGCCGGUAAGAGCUCCCUCAUCUCCGCCCUCUUCCGCCUGGCCGAACCCGAGGGCAGGAUCUUCAUCGACGGCGUCCUGACCUCCGAGAUCGGCCUGCACGACCUCCGGCAGAAGAUGUCCAUCAUCCCUCAGGAUCCUGUGCUCUUCACUGGGAGCAUGCGGAAGAACCUGGACCCCUUCAGCCAGCACACAGACGAGGACCUGUGGAACGCCCUUCAGGAGGUGCAGCUGAAGGGGGUGGUGGAGGAGUUGCCGGGGCGACUGGAGACGGAGCUGGCCGAGUCCGGCUCGAACUUCAGCGUGGGCCAGAGGCAGCUGGUCUGCCUGGCGCGGGCCGUCCUGAGGAAGAACCGCAUCCUCAUCAUCGAUGAGGCCACGGCCAACGUGGACCCCAGGACAGAUGAGCUGAUUCAGAAGACCAUUCGGGAGAAAUUCAGGGAGUGCACGGUCCUCACCAUCGCCCACCGCCUCAAUACCAUCAUCGACAGCGACCGCAUACUGGUUCUGGAUGCUGGCAGGAUACAGGAAUACGCUGAGCCCUACGUCCUGCUGCAGAACCAGGGGGGCAUCUUCAGCAGCAUGGUCCAGCAAAUGGGCAAGAAUGAGGCCGCCGCCCUCCUGCAGACAGCCAAACAGACGUACCUGAACAGGAGCCAGACAAACCUGGCGAACGGUGUCAUCAGCGGCAAUGGCGACGGCAGUCUCAUCAUCUUCGAGACGGCGCUAUAACAUCAAAGAUGCUGCGGCCCCUGUGCCCGACCCUGCCCACACUCCCGGCCAUGUCCAUCGCUAUGGUAACUUCCUGUCCAGGCUUCGGGGAAGUCUCUGGGCUUAGCACUCCACACAGUAACUUGUGGCUCGUUUCUGUGGAGCGACAGACUUUGCAUCUUAUUUUAAAGGGCACGUAAGGUUGUUAUCAAGAAAAUAUGUGUGUGUGUGUGCAUGUGUGUGUGCGUGUGUGUGUGUGUGUGUCUGUGUGAGACACACAUAUCCCCCCUGACCUUAAUCUGUAGAGAAAGAGAUUAGGGUGAAGUAAAACUAUUAAUGCCUUUUUGACAGUUGAUUGUAUUGUAUACAUGUAUGUGCCUUAAUAGUCUAUUUAAGUGCCAGAUAGAAUUUGUUUAAUUUUUUAAUGGGCCAAAAAGACAGGAAAACUAGUGUUGCGUUCUUUAAGGUGACCUAGUUUUGUGGAUGAACCAAAAGAACACCAUGGAACCAUGCCGGUGCCUUCUCAAUGCCUUGCUGUCUGUGUUUUAAGGACUGAAUAUUUUAUGUUGUGUGUGGUCGGUUGAUGGUGCAAUAACUAGUUCAAAGACAGAUGCCUUGUCUUUUUUUAUUUGUGACUUGUUUUAUGGUUCUAUCUGGUACAGUUUUACUAUUGACUCCCACAUAUUGAUAAGUGACUUUGGUAAGCUGACAUAAGCUGCGUUUCCACCCAAAGUACCCAGAACUUUUAGUCCCAGGAACUACUUUUCAAGGAACUAAAAGGUUCCUUCAGCCCAUUGUUGUCUGCGUUUCCACCGCGGUCUAAAGUCCCGCUGACGUAUGAAAA